UCUAAUUUUGAGUGUUUUGCAUAGAAAUCUUCUUUGUCAAGGCACUCUUCAGAUUCUCUAGAUCAAGCUACCAUCAUGGAGCUUCAAAACCCUUUUUCGAAUAUCAUCUUCAUGCUCUCCUUUCUCAUCCUCUUAGUUCUAUUCAAAAUAGUUCAAAGAUGGAGUUUUAACAAUUCCACUACCAAAUUGCCACCAGGACCAUGGAAACUACCCCUCAUAGGAAACUUACAUCAGAUUAUCAGCAGAUCAUUGCCCCAUCACCUCUUCAAAAAGUUGGCAGAAAAAUAUGGACCUUUGAUGCACCUUAAACUAGGAGAGGUACCAUAUGUAAUAGUUAGUUCACCAGAAAUGGCAAAAGAGGUUAUGAAAACACAUGACCUUACAUUUUGUGAUAGGCCAAACCUUCUUUUGUCAACAAUAUGGAGUUACAAUGCUACAAAUAUUGUCUUCGCUACAUACUGUGAACAUUGGAGGCAAGUACGAAAGAUAUGUGUUAUAGAGCUAUUAAGUGCAAAGCGUGUCCAAUCAUUUAGGUCCAUAAGAGAAGAUGAAGUGACAAAUCUUGUUAAAUCAAUAACUGCAAGUGAAGGAUCGGUUGUAAAUCUCACUCGGAAGAUUUUCUCAAUGACAAAUGGGAUAACAGCGCGGGCAGCUUUUGGGAAAAGGAAUAGAAACCAAGAUGUGUUCAUAUCAGCAAUGGAGAAAGUAUUGGUGCUAUUAGGAGGAUUUGAAAUUGCAGAUUUGUAUCCUUCUAUUAAAAUGCUUCAAUGCAUGAGUAGGGAGAAGACCAAAAUGGAAAAAAUUCAUAGAGAGCUUGAUAUGAUAAUGCAAGACAUCAUCGACGAUCACAGAAGCAUUCACAAGGAAGCAAGCAACGAUGAAGAUCUAGUAGAUGUUCUUCUCAAGAUUCAACAGGAAAAUUAUUACUCAGAACAUCCUUUAACCGAUGACAAUAUGAAAUCAAUCAUCCAGGAUAUGUUCAUUGCUGGUACCGAAACAUCGUCAGAGGUAUUGUUAUGGGCGAUGUCUGAGAUGGUAAAGAACCCAAAGGUAUUGGAAGAAGCACAGAUUGAAGUAAGAAGAGUGUUUGAUAAAAAGGGGUAUGUGGAUGAGUCAGAGUUGCACCAAUUGAUAUACUUAAAGUCUGUCGUCAAAGAAACAUUGAGGUUACAUCCCGUUGCACCAUUGUUAAUUCCAAGAGAAAGUAUGAAGCCAUGCCAAAUUAAUGGGUAUGAAAUCCCAGCUAAGACAAGGGUAAUGGUUAAUGCUUGGGCUAUUGGAAGAGAUUCAAGGUAUUGGGUUGAAGCUGAGAGUUUUAAACCUGAGAGGUUUGUUAAUAGCACAAUUGAAUUCAAAGGCACGGACUUCGAAUUCAUACCAUUUGGUGCUGGAAGGAGGAUGUGUCCCGGAAUUGCAUUUGCCCUACCAAACAUUGAGCUACCUCUUGCUCAAUUACUUUGCCACUUUGAUUGGAAGCUUCCCAAUAAAAUGAAGAAUGAAGAACUAGAUAUGACCGAGUCAUUUGGGAUUACUGUAGGAAGAAAGCACGAUCUAUGUUUAAUUCCUAUUACUCGUCGUCUUUAAUAUGUAUUUUCUAAGCAAACAAGUUCAGAACGAUGUUCCUUAUAAAAUUUAUGUAUGAUAUUUGUACCACAAAUAUAGAAAUAUUUGUCAAGCAUUGCAUUUGGUUUAGCCUCUUGCUGAAUUAUUUUAUGAAUUUGAUUGAAAGCUUCCCAAUGGAAUGAAUAAUGAAGAACUUGAUAUGAUUGAGAGUCAUUUGGGCUUACAGUCCAAAGAAAACACGACCCAUAUG